AUGAUGAGCCACAAAAAGGCCGUAGAUAAAUGGAUAAUAUCGCCGUUGACGGGUGAGAGAAUCCCAGUGGAUAAGUUACAAGAGCAUGUCCGUUAUAAUACUGUCGAUUCACAAUACAAAGAACAGCGUGAAAGAGAGUUAUCGGAUCGAAAUGAAGAGGAGCCGGUCUAUGCGUUGGGUGCAGACAUCAGUAAAAAUAUUGGCAAAUUCGCCGAACGUCGUACGGAUAUUUUCGGUCACGGCGCUGAGCAGACUAUCAUUGGAAAGAAGUUAGGUGAAGAGGAAGAAGCACCGCGU